AUGGGGAAGACUAAACACAUUAAUAAGAAACGUCCCAUCGAUCCUAUCACAUUAAGAAAAACACAGAAAAAGACUGCAAAAUUGUUGAAAAGAACAAAUCGAGAGUUAAAAAGGACGAAUCCUGAUCUCCAGAAGGUCAUCCGUCUCCAAAAGAAGACAGCAAAACUGUUUCGAACCAAGUAUAGAUUUGUGGCUACGCCUUGCUACUACUCACAUACGACUAAGAUGGGGAAGACUAAACACAUUAAUAAGAAACGUCCCAUCGAUCCUAUCACAUUAAGAAAAACACAGAAAAAGACUGCAAAAUUGUUGAAAAGAACAAAUCGAGAGUUAAAAAGGACGAAUCUUGAUCUCCAGAAGGUCAUCCGUCUCCAAAAGAAGACAGCAAAACUGUUAAGCUACGUCGCUGAUGGAAUCGGUUCCGCAGAACGUUUCCAUCCCUCACGCUCCUCUGAUGAACACGAAGAAAGRCAAACGUAUCAAGACUUGCAUAAUGCUUCAUCUCCCGAAGUCACUGCCCAAGAAAAUAAUCAAACGAAUAAUCUGUCUUACGAACUAAAACUAGUUUCGGAAAAACAUGUUCAGAAAUAUGGGGCCCAUGCAUGUGCAUAUACUUCUAAGGUUAGUCAUGUAAAUAGGUCAGAUAACCUUUUGAAAGAUUGUAUAAAUGCGUUAGACAAUUUGUUCGAGAAAGCUAUUUCUGAAGUUAAAGAAAAAUGUAAGCUUGACAAUCCAACUAGAGAUCGCAUGCGUGUCAUGGUUACUUCAUCAGAGUUGAAGAAACCUCUAAGCAGUCGUCUUGUUAGUGUUAAAGAACAAUCCCCUUCUUUGAUACUGUCAGAAAUUGCUAAAGUGUUGCAGUCGGACGAGGGGUUAAGAUUGGAUGAAAGUUUUACGAUUGACAUUGUUGCUCUUAAAUCACCUACGGGCCGGGGUAAGUCGUACAAGGUACUUAACUAUCGGAAACACACAAAAYUGAAAAAAAGCAUAAUAACGAUUCGUAACAAAGAUCAUCUUUGUGCAGCUCGUGCCAUAGUAACUGGUAAAGCGAUGGCUCUUAACGAUCACAGAGCUCGUCGAAUUAAACAGGCGCGACCAAUUCAGAGGAGGUUAGCUUUAGAACUACACGAAGAAGCAGGGGUGCCAGUAGGGCCAUGUGGGCUUGAAGAAAUACAAAAGUUCCAACAAGUCUUACCCAACUUUCAAAUAAAGGUCAUCAGUUUUCCUUCGAAUAAUUCUAUUAUUUUUGAGGGUAAAGAGAGCGACAAGCAAAUCGUAUUGUAUUUUAACGAUGGUCAUUUCGAUCUUAUUAAUCCGAAGAAACUGCCGGCUUUUUUUGGUAAGCGUUUUCAUUGCAAUACUUGUAAUAAAUACUACAACGAUGCAAAGCGACAUCCUUGUAACGAUGUGUGCCGAGUUUGCGAACAUAGAACCUGCGUUAGGUCUUUGGCUUCCGUAGAAUGUAAGGAUUGCAAUAAGUUUUGUCGUUCUCAAGGCUGUUUUGAUGCACACAAAAAAGACCGCACAAAGAACGGAAAGAAAUUCAGGUCAAAGUGUGAGAAAAGUUUUCGUUGCAAACAAUGUAACAGCACGGUUGCUUCUGAACGAAAAUUCCAACAUCGUUGUGGGGAAUACCGUUGUCCUAUUUGUAAAGACAUGGUUUUACUGGAUCACAAAUGUUUUAUGCAGACACAAGACCCAAAACAACCGUCUGAGAGACUCUUAUUUUUUGAUUUCGAAACAGAYCAGUCGAGUAAUGAGCACGUUGUCAACUUUGCAGUUUCUCAAAAUUUCCAAGGCGAAACUUUCGUUUUUGAAGGGUAUGAUGCACUGGACGAAUUUUGUAAUUUUCUUUUCGAGGARAAUCACAAAGAUUACACAGCUAUAGCUCAUAAUGCAAAGUCGUUUGAUAGCAUCUUUGUACUACGAUGGUUAUUACGGAAUCGACCUACUGCUGAUUUAAGCAUAAUUCGUAACGGACAAAAGAUCAUGCAACUCCUUGUUCGUGAUUACAACAUCAGGAUUAUAGAUUCCAUCAAUUGGUUCGGCAUGGGGUUAGAUAAGCUAGCUAAGACCUUUGGGCUGAACACGAGUGAAUUUUCCAAAGGUACUUUUCCUCAUCUUUUCAAUAGAGCUGAGAAUUUUGAGUAUGUAGGACCCAUUCCCAACUUAAAAUAUUAUGCACCGGAUACCUUACUCCCUGAGAAGCGUGCGAGACUUAUUGAUUGGCAUAAUUCGAUGCGUGAAGUGGUUACAUAUUCGAUGCGUGAAAGUGGUUACGUUUUCGAUUUCAAACAAGAAAUCUUGAAGUACUGUGAACAAGAUGUCAAUAUUCUUAGAGAAAGCUGCCUUCGUUUUCGUUCGAUUUUCCUUGAGGAAACUGAAACGGAUCCUUUUCAAUAUGUCACCAUUGCCGCUACCGUCAUGGGUAUUUACAGGCAUAAGUUCUUAAAACCAAAUACGAUUGCGAUAGUACCAAAACAUCUCUAUCGAGGAAUCAAUAAGUUGUAUUCCAAAGAUUCGAUUCAAUGGUUAGAAUUCGUAGCAUAUGUUACCAACACUGAAAUUAUCCAUGCAGAAAACUCAGGCGAACAUGUUAUUCAUGAUGACGAACAUGGGAAAAAAUACUUUGUUGACGGAUAUGAUCCCAUUAAUAAGAUCGUAUACGAAUAUUAUGGGUGUGUUUUCCAUUCGCACAACAAAUGUUGUGAUCCUACUUCUCCCAAUCCUUUUCGAUCUAAUGUGAACAAUCUAGAUAUCUAUGAACAAACUUUGAAAAGAGAACAGCGUCUCCGUCAAUUAGGGUAYGAAGUUCGCUUUAUUUGGGAGUGUGACUUUAAGACACUAACAAGUCAAUCCCAUGCCUUUCGACAUUUCAUAAGCACACACGAGCUCGUAGGUAACCUUUAUCCUAAAGACUCGUUUUUCGGUGGUCGUACUAACGGAUUCAAAUUAUUUUAUUCGUGUGCUCCGGGUGAAAGAAUUCGAUAUGCGGAUGUUACUUCACUUUAUCCAUUUGUUAUGAAGACGAAAAAAUUUCCGAGAUCUCAUCCGAUCCUUCUUACCAAAGACUUUCAAAACAUCGAAUCCUACUUUGGUCUUGUCAAGUGUAAGGUUCUAGCUCCCGAAGGAUUGUAUUUUCCGGUAUUGCCAGUUAGGAUAGAUGGAAAGCUAUAUUUUCCCUUGUGUAAGGAAUGUGCCAUUGCUCAUUUAAACAAGUGUUCGCAUUCGAGAGAAGAAAGGAGUUUUUGGGGAACUUGGACUACUCCCGAGAUAAACAAAGCUAUUGAGAAAGGAUAUCAAAUUCUAGAGAUAAAGGAGAUUUGGCAUUUUCCUGAAACCUCUUCUGAUUUGUUCACUGACUAUGUGAAUACGUUUUUACGGUCUAAACAAGAAAGCUCAAAUUAUCCUUCUUGGGUGGUCACGCAAGAUGAUAGAGCGCGCUAUAUACAAAGUUACUUCGAGCACGAAGGUGUACGAUUACGACCUGAAAAAAUUCAGACUAACCCUGGUUUAAGAGCGAUUUCAAAACUAUGCCUUAAUUCUCUUUGGGGGAGGUUUGGGAUGAACACAGAUCGUGUACAAUCGGAAUUAAUACACGAUCCAAAAAGGUUUUACGAUAUCCUGAAUGGUGAUGAUCAUGACGUGCAUGAUAUGCAUGCAUCUAAUAAGUGA